AUGCACCUGCAUAUAAUAAAGUUCUGGAAACUAAUGAUACUUCAGACGACAGGUUAUGCGCCCUGGUACGACACACCACGGCGCUACCACCGCGCUACCACCGCACUAUCACAGCACAACCACAGCACUACCACAGCACACUCCGCUCAGACAAGGCACCUGCAAAGACACGUUUGCAGGUCUCAUCCCAUAUCAUUAAAUUUUGCCCAUAUUAGAACACGCCACUGCAAAGGGCAAUGGAAAUACGAAGUACAGACACUAUUUCGAUCUAGUCAUUGGCAGGACCAUCCAGAAAGACCUGCACCCUUGAACAAGCCAGCUGGAAUUAUCUUGAAUUAUCUGGAAUACUCCUCUAGGACAUUUUGCGUCUGCACAGGCACCCUGCCACAAAGACUCCACCCUGACACCACACAGACACCACACAGACACCACUGCACCCGCACACCACACAUUCCGGGUGCACGGGCGGCGCCAAAUAGCCUCCGCACAACACCCCCUGCACCGUUUCUUUUUGCGCGCCCUUUUGCCCUUUGCGUGCUGCAUUCCGUUCUGCGCAGUUUCCUCUUCCGUGUGUGUCCUGUUGCCUGCGACAGUUUCUCCGCGAUCCUGCGAUCCUGCGAUCGCUGCAAUCCUGCUCCGUCGUCUUGGUCGUCUUGGUCGUCUGCGCCGUCUUCUUGUCCCUCUGCGAUCCGCACAGACGCGGGCGCAGCAGCAGAUCUCCCGCCAGAUCCUCCAGCCGAGAUGAGAAACCAAACACAGGGAGGACGAUUGCAUUGCAUAGACGAUUGCAUUGCAUUGCAUUGCAUCUGCAUUUGCAUUGCAUUUGCAACGAUACAAGCAAGCAUGCUUGCGCAUUCACGCGUCGCAUCGAUCAGCUAUAUAAGAGCAACUGUGUUUGUGUUUUUGUGCAUCUCGGCACUCGUAAUCAUAGUUAUUCUCGCUCUUUUUUUGUUCUGUUUCGUUCCCCCCCCCACACGUGCUAAUACCCCCCCUCCCCUACCCUCGUCUUUCCCACACGCUAUGCAAUCCUCUCUUUUGCUCUUAGCUGCCUCUGCCAUCGCUACUGCUUCUGCUCAACAAGUCGUCAUCCAAGGUGAAGUCUGUGUCGAAGACGGUGUCACCACCUCUGUCCUAUCCACUGUCGGUGGCUCAGCCACCACUAUCGUCCAAGGUACUCGUACUUCCAGUGUCGUUCCAAACUACCCAACCCAACCUGUCGCUGACUUGUCCUCUUGGGAACAAGAAGUCUUGUCCGAAUCCAACAAGAAGCGUGCCUUGCAUGCCGACACCCCAGCUUUGUCCUGGGCUCCAGAAUUAGCCGCUUACGCCCAAGCCUUCGCCGACCAAUACGUUUGUGGUAGUGCUUUGUCCCACUCUUCCGGUGAAUGGGGGGAAAACAUCGCCUUGGGUUACUCCCCAACCGGCUCUGUCGACGCUUGGUACAACGAAAUCAACGACUACGAUUUCCAAGACCCAGCUUUCGCUCCAAACACCGGCCACUUCACCCAAUUGGUCUGGAAGGCCACCACCCAAGUCGGGUGUGGUAGAAAGGACUGUGGUGACUACUACAAGAACUACAUCGUCUGUGAAUACAGUGCUCCAGGUAACUUUGACGGUGAAUUUGCUGACAACGUCAAGGCUUUGAUCUGA